CAGCGGAAGUGACGCACUCCCAGCAGCGUAAUAGCGCGAGCAGUGUCUGUUGGGGGAGAUUCAGUAAGACAGAAGCUGCGUGUGAGCUCUAACUGCCGGUCACGCGAACCCCACUCCGUCAAUAUGCCUAAGUCAAGGGAAGUUGUUUCUACAAGCUCAGACAGCGAAUCGGAUAGUGAGGUUGAUCAAAAGGUUAAGAGAAAGAAGCCAACUCCAGUAGAGAAACAAGUAAAAAAGCAGAAGAGUGGAGAGAGUUCUGGGGGUGCAAAAUGCACUAAGAGUGACAAAGAUGACAACCUAUUUCAGAUUGGCAAGAUGAGAUAUGUUAGCGUGCGUGAAUUCAAAGGCAAAGUUCUAAUUGAUGUCAGAGAAUACUGGAUGAACCAAGAUGGUGAAAUGAAGCCUGGAAAAAAAGGAAUCUCUUUAUUACCGGACCAAUGGAAUCAACUGAAGGAAAUGAUUCCUGACAUUGAUGAUGCACUAAAAAGGUUAUAGGAUGACCAUAUAAAGAUGUACCCUGCUUUUUGUCAUUGAACUUGUCCAUCUUUAACACUUAAUUGUUUUCUAAAGAAAUUAAGCUUGUUUGUAUUGUAAUGUUCAUAAUGUGACUGUUUUAUGUAUCUGCAGUACAUCCCAGCUUUCAUAUUUUUUAAAAACUCUUUAAGGGGUACACUAUAUAGAAAAGUGGUAUGGAAUUUGUUUUUAGUGUUAAAAUUACAUUUUUGUUUCCUGAUUUGAUGUUUAGCAACUGCCAUAUCAUGUCUGUAGACUGUUGCUUAUAUUAUCCUGAGCUAGUAGACAAAUACUUUCAAGAACAAUUUCAUAUUUAAAUUCAUGCAGCUCUACCAAGAUUUAUUUUGAAGUAUGGUUCAAUCAUUGAAUCUUCUGGCUAUUUCAAAUUGGCAUUUUUAGCUUUCCCCAGUGGCCUUGUGGGUAAAUGCACCAUCAGGUGUAGCAAUAAACCAUACAGGCCAGAAGAUCCGAGGGUUGAUUUAUGGUUUAUUCUAUAUUAGCUGAGCUGACCUUGUCUGCAACAGCAGUUGGGCCGCAACAAUUUGCCUUUGUGCCCUGGAAUAGGAACAGUGGAACUCGGUCAGGGUUUCCACUUGUGAUUGUCAUUCACUAUCCACUACUGGAAAAUGAACCUGUUGAUGUCUGUUCAGGGUUGGGUUAAGCUUACUGUGUUGCUGUCCAUGGUUGCAACUUUUUGACCCAGGGCUAAACAUAUACACAUGGCAUCUUAAUGAGUUGCCAAAGAGCUACGUGUCUGGAAUUUCACUCCAGUAAGAAUUGGUGUCAUCAGGAUAGAUGGGGAGGGGAUGAAAAAACAUUGUGUCACCAAUACCAUAGGGAUAAUUUAAUUUUUUUUUUUGCUUUCUUUUUAAAAAAGUAUACUGCAUAUUGAAGCUUCUCAGCUUCUGAUAAUCCUAAUAUACCAUGUUUUUCUGGGGAUGGGGAGGAUGGGAUAAUGUAGUGUUUGACUCCACAAUUAAUCAAAACUAGCUCUGUCCUACACACACACUUGGUGGAUUCCAUAGUUCAAAUAAAUUUAUUCAGCUUUGGGUUUUUCAAGCUCUCUUUGGACUAGUAAACACUUUUAGUGGCUUUGUAAUAACUAAUGGACUGAUGCAUUAUACAACCACGUGGGCUCUUGUCACAGUACUUUCAUGAGGUAUCAGUUCCAAUUUAAUAUUUUCACGCAGCAUGCUUUGACUAUUUUCAGUAUGCUUUUUGUAUUAUUUCACCAUGUUCAUAUUUCUCUGAUCUGUAUUGAAAUAUGGUAAAAAUAAAUAAAGCUGUUGCGGCAA